AUGUCUGACGAACAGCCCGAGAGAGACCUGGGAGAGCGCGAGCAGCUCCCUGCCUCCGCGUCCCCGCCUCUCGCGCCCGGGCCAACCGGAGACCCUUCCUCACACCCUCUCCAGCUCCACCUCUGUGCUCCGGCGCGGCGAGCGUCAGCGCCGCUCUUUCACAGCGCGCACGCACUCUGCGGCUGCGGGCACGCGCCCAGCUUCCCCUGGCGCCUCGUGGACGCGGGCUCUCUGUUCCGCCCGAGGCAGAGCGCCCCGAAGCGCGGGGACGCGCCUCAGCACCACGGACAGCGCUGCUCCAGCGGCCAUGAGAACCACGAGAACCACUACGCAGAGCACGGAGUAGACCCCCGGCCCCACCGCGCGCAGCCGCACACGCCAGAGAUCAUGCAUCGCAGACACACCACCCUGCGAGAGAAGGGGCGUCGCCAGGCCAUUCGAGGCCCCGCUUACAUGUUUAACGAGCGUGGGACCAGUCUAACCGCAGAGGAGGAACGUUUCCUUGAUGCUGCAGAGUAUGGAAACAUCCCUGUUGUUCGCAAGAUGCUAGAAGAGUCCAAAACCCUUAACUUUAACUGUGUAGACUACAUGGGCCAGAAUGCAUUGCAGCUUGCUGUUGGAAAUGAGCACCUGGAAGUUACAGAGCUGCUCCUCAAGAAGGAAGGGCUUGCAAGAGUGGGUGAUGCUCUUUUACUGGCAAUUAGCAAAGGCUACGUACGAAUUGUUGAAGCCAUCUUGGCUCACCCAGCCUUUGCAGGAGGACUGAGACUAACGUUAAGUCCUCUGGAGCAAGAACUGAGAGACGAUGACUUUUACGCAUACGAUGAGGAUGGGACGCGCUUCUCCCAAGACGUAACGCCGGUGAUUCUGGCCGCACACUGUCAGGAGUACGAGAUUGUACACAUCCUGCUGAUGAAGGGUGCCAGAAUUGAGCGGCCACACGACUACUUCUGCAAAUGCAGUGAGUGCACAGAAAAACAGCGCCGUGAUUCCUUCAGCCACUCACGCUCACGAAUGAACGCGUAUAAAGGGCUCGCUAGCGCCGCCUACCUGUCUCUCUCAAGUGAAGACCCUGUACUCACUGCUCUGGAGCUCAGCAAUGAGCUGGCACGGCUUGCCAACAUAGAGACAGAGUUUAAGAAUGACUACCGUAAGCUGUCCAUGCAGUGUAAAGACUUUGUAGUGGGGGUUCUUGACCUGUGUCGGGACACAGAGGAGGUGGAGGCCAUUUUGAACGGUGAUGUGGACCAGAUCCUGCCCACAGAGCACCAACGGCCCUGCCUCAGCCGUGUCAAACUCGCCAUCAAAUACGAGGUCAAGAAGUUUGUAGCUCACCCGAACUGCCAGCAGCAGUUGUUGACUAUCUGGUAUGAGAAUCUGUCUGGUCUGAGGCAGCAGUCUAUAGGGGUGAAGUGUCUGACUGUGCUGGGAGUGACUGUAGGGCUGCCUUUCCUCGCCAUAGCAUACUGGAUCAUGCCCUGCAGCAAGCUGGGUCAGAUUCUGCGGAGCCCCUUUAUGAAGUUUGUUGCCCAUGCCGUGUCCUUCACACUUUUUCUGGGACUGCUGGUUCUGAACGCAUCAGACCGCUUUGAGGGUGUGAAGAACCUUCCCAAUGAGACCAUUACUGACCACCCUCGCCAGGUGUUCCGGGUGAAGACAACCCAGUUCUCCUGGACAGAGCUCCUCAUCAUGAAAUGGGUGCUGGGUAUGAUCUGGUCAGAGUGUAAGGAGAUUUGGUCUGACGGCCCACGGGAGUAUGUCAUGCACCUCUGGAAUGUUCUGGACUUUGGCAUGCUGUCCAUCUUUGUGGCAUCCUUCACAGCUCGUCUCAUGGCCUUUCUGAAAGCAUCGAAAGCACAGCUUUACAUCGACCUCCAUGUGCCCAAUCAUGACAUCAGCAACGCCUCCCUGCCUGCCGAUGUCGCCUACUUCACAUAUGCCAGGAAUAAGUGGAGGCCGUCUGAUCCGCAGAUUAUCUCAGAGGGUCUGUAUGCCAUUGCGGUGGUCCUAAGUUUUUCCCGCAUCGCUUACAUCCUCCCAGCCAAUGAGAGCUUUGGGCCACUGCAGAUUUCACUGGGUCGCACUGUUAAAGACAUCUUCAAAUUCAUGGUCAUCUUCAUUAUGGUCUUCGUCGCCUUCAUGAUUGGCAUGUUCAACCUGUACUCUUACUACUUAGGAGCCAAGUACAACCCCGCCUUCACAACGGUGGAGGAGAGUUUUAAGACCCUGUUCUGGUCCAUUUUCGGCCUGUCAGAGGUGAUCUCAGUGGUGCUGAAGUAUGACCAUAAGUUCAUUGAGAACAUUGGCUAUGUGCUGUAUGGAGUGUAUAACGUCACUAUGGUAGUGGUGCUGCUCAACAUGCUUAUAGCCAUGAUCAACAGCUCCUACCAGGAAAUCGAGGAGGAUGCUGAUGUGGAGUGGAAGUUUGCUCGUGCUAAGUUAUGGUUGUCCUAUUUUGAUGAGGGUCGCACGUUGCCUGCCCCUUUUAAUCUGGUGCCCAGUCCUAAGUCCUUCUACUAUCUGGCCCUGCGCACCAAAGCCUGCCUCGUACGCCUCUGCAAAGCCAAAAGUCAUCGCCAUGACAAUGAAGUGGAGAUGGGCAUGCUCAACUCACGGCCAAAGCCGGAUCGAUACCGAGCUCACUCAAGAAGCAGAGAGGAGUACACAGUGAGGAAACCCAUCAAAAACCCCACCCGCUACCAGAAGAUUAUGAAGCGUCUCAUAAAGAGAUACGUUCUGAAGGCACAGGUCGACAGGGAGAAUGAUGAAGUCAAUGAAGGUGAGCUGAAGGAGAUAAAGCAGGAUAUUUCCAGCCUGCGAUACGAGCUCCUGGAGGAGAAAUCUCAGGCCACAGGAGAACUUGCCAACCUCAUUCAACAACUCAGCGACAAGUUUGGCAAAAACACCAAAAAACAGCCCUGA